AUGUCUCUUGUGCUGGAAGAGGAGUACGAGCGAAGAGAUUCCAACUCUAAUACACCUAGAUCGUCACAAGAACGUCGCUGCUAUUCAUCACCCACUUCCGUCGAGAGUUACGGCAAGCUGCGAGACACAAGAAACGGCGACAUAGCGGUAGAUCCGCUAGAAAAAAAUGUCAAUGCGCAGCAGAUUGCGUUGUUGGAUGUUGCAGGAAAAGCUGCGGAGUUGCAGGAUACCGCCUCUCUGCGAGAUCAACUUAGCAAAUUCCAAUUGGCGCAAGGAGCGCGGAGCAAUUCUGUUGACAAUAUGAAAACCCCGGAAAGUUCAGAUAAAAGGGCAUCCAAAUUUGGUGCUAGCAAUAAAUCCGAUAAUGGGAGUAUGUUGGAAGAUAGUAGUGUGGUUGAAAAUGGUUCAUUCAUACAGGAUUUGAAUGAUGAUAAAGUACUCUUGAAUGGGAACACGUCACGCCCAAAACUCGCUCGAAGGACUACCCAGGAUUCCAUACGCCAUAUACCAUUCCAUUCUGAUAAGCAUGCUCGGAUAAUGCCAGUUCCGGAGCCCAGUCCAACUGGAACUGCCACUGAUAGCAGCCGUGCGGGCUCUGUGCACUCUCUCCCCGUGGAUAAUCGUCCCAACGUGAUUAACGACGGUUCAUUGAAGAGAUCCGAGUCUGCUACUGCAGAAAUAAAGAAAAUGCGUGAAUCUCUACUUCAGAAGCGUGAGAUGCGUAAGAAACAAAAAAAUUUCCUAGAUGACGACAGAGUUUUAAUUGGGAAUAAAGUAAGUGAAGGGCACGUUAACUUCACUAUAGCCUAUAACAUGCUUACAGGUAUUCGUGUGGCAGUUUCUAGAUGUUCUGGGAUAAUGAAGCCAUUAACUCCACGCGAUUUUAGAUUCACUAAAAAACUGGCAUUCGAUUUCCAUGGUAACGAGCUUACACCAAGCUCUCAGUAUGCCUUCAAAUUCAAGGAUUACUGUCCAGAAGUGUUUCGUGAACUUCGUGCCCUAUUUGGCUUGGAUCCGGCAGAUUAUCUCAUGUCCUUAACUUCCAAAUACAUUCUGAGUGAAUUAAAUUCACCCGGUAAAAGUGGAUCAUUUUUUUAUUUCAGCAGAGAUUACAAAUAUAUCAUCAAGACUAUCCAUCAUUCAGAGCAUCGCCACUUGAGGAAAACUCUAAUGGAAUACUAUAAUCACAUCAAGGAAAACCCUAACACUCUAAUAUCUCAAUUUUAUGGUUUGCAUCGUGUCAAAAUGCCUAUGUCUUUUAAAAGUAAGAUAAAGCAUCGAAAAAUAUACUUUCUGGUGAUGAAUAACUUAUUCCCUCCACAUUUGGAGAUUCACACCACUUUUGACUUAAAAGGUUCAACAUGGGGGCGUUACACCAAAGUCGCCCCAAACAACACUGGCGAAGAUGAUACCCACAGGCCUGUAUUGAAGGAUUUGAAUUGGCUGGAACAAGAAAGAAGCAUAGACUUCGGUCCUUACAAGAAAAAGAAGUUCCUGGUGCAAUUGAGGAAGGACGUUGAUUUACUAGCUCGUUUGAAUACCAUGGACUACUCACUCUUGCUUGGUGUCCAUGAUAUGGAGCGCGGCAACGAUCUACUCGAUGAACAUAAUCGGCUUACUAUGUUUUCACCCAAUUCUCCAAAACUAAAGGAGGUAAAUCGUGAAUCAGUUGCUCAGCAGCAUCGUCAACAGUCAGCAUCUGCCGUUCAACAUUUUUUUCAAAGCGACGAAGGUGGAAUACGCGCGUCCGAUCAGUUAAACAAUGAUCUCAAUAAAAUUUACUACAUUGGGAUCAUUGAUUGUUUGACAAAUUACUCAAUGAUCAAAAAACUUGAAACGUUUUGGCGUGGUCUCAGCCACGAUCUAAAGGGGAUAAGCGCUGUACCACCGGAUGAUUAUGGUGAAAGGUUUUACGAGUUCAUAGAAAACUCUGUCAACCGACAGCCUAGUAAGAAGUACAAAGACCAUCCAGAGGUCGAACCGUACAAGGAUAAAUAA